AUGGAAGACAAUGCGAUGCAGUUUGGCCGGAGGCGAUUUGUUCCACCUCAGGCGUUUGCGAAUGCCCUGCAGAUACAGUGCCAAGCAAAACAAGGUAGAGAUGGGACAGUCUGUGUGUCCUCUCUAAUUCCUCCAUCCUGCCCACUACCCGAACCUCAUGAUGACGUUCCAAACCCUGCGACAGUACUGGCAAAUUCUAUUUCUCAUCCACUAAAUUCUGACAGCUAUAUGCCGAUACUCUGCACUUCAUCAUCCGCGGAGACUAGAACAUCCAAUGGUGGCGAUGGUUCAACGUGGUGUGUAUAUCCAGAUGGCGAUCAAGACAUCUUCAUCGCCGAUAUCUAUGACUGUAUUGUGCAUCCACAGAUAAAAAGCGAAGUUUUUCCCGAAUACCACUCUUCAAUUGACGGAAUCUGCUGCCCCAGUAGAGCUUUUACUUGUGCUCAACCGAUGGAGGCUGGAGAGGAGCCAUCCGUUCCCAGAUGGUGGUACAAUUCUGCAACGGGAACGUGUCAACAGUUCAUGUGGGAUCCAAACACCAUAGAGGGCGCCUCUCCCAAUAAUUUCAAGACUGUGGAACACUGCGAAAGUUAUUGCAGGGACACCUGCACACGUGGAUCCAGAGAGUUUGCCCAGUCAACUUCAGCCAUUUACAACGAAGUUCCCAAAAUGGGAUGUAUGUCUACCAGAGCGACUUGCAGUAGUAAUAAUGAAUGUGUUCUCAUUGGGUCGACACAGACAUGCUGCGCCAAAAAAGAGUUUAUCUGCAGCCCUUUCGGUGGUCGAAUCUAUCUGGAGAAACCGAAGGCAAAUUUUGACCGAGGAGUGAGCACUGCUGGGAGCAGAACUUCUAUGCGUUACUACUACGAUAUUGAGAAAGGAAAAUGCAUCAACUUCGUUUACCAUGGACUUGGUAACUUCAACAACUUUCAGACAAAACAAGAAUGUUGCGAAGCCGGUGAAGUCGUCAUCAAGGAGCCUGGAACAUCGCAACCCCUUUAUUGUGAUAGUGAAGUGCACAACAGCUGCCCCGGCAGUUCACAGUGUCGCCACCAUAGCCUUCUCACGAAAUCUGUUUGCUGCGGUUCCCCACCUUCUGCGUUGAAUAUUUGUCCGAAAGAUGAACGACCAUAUAUGGAAACGGAUGACACAGUGCGAGAAUGUGCUGUGAAUAUUCCUGGCAGCUGUCCAUCACAUUUUCUCUGCCGAUUCAACUCUAAAAUGAAUAAAUAUUACUGCUGUGCUCCGGCGGUUGAAGGCGUAUGCAAAGACAAUGCUAAAUAUCUUGUGGAUGACGGCACCAAAAUGCCAAGGAUCUGCACUCCGGGGCUACUUAGUGCCUGCCCUGCUGGUUAUAGUUGUCAGCUACGAAUGCCAUUCUCUACUAGCGGGUACUGCUGCCAGUUAAGCAGCAACGUAGUUAUGGAAGGCUGCCCUCCUGGCGAAUAUGCAUUGACGAAAGCUAAGAAAAUUGUUGAGUGUGAUCCCUUCAAUGGGAGUAGCUGCCCUUCCUCAUUCUCGUGUCAGUUCGCUGUCGCUUUCCAAAGAUACCAAUGUUGUGGUAAUCAACCACCUGAGGAGCAACAGAAAGUUGAACGAGAGUACGGCUGCCCUUCUUCACAAGUUGCUUUCCUCGACAGAGAUAAGCCAAUGUUGUGCACAUCCUCAGGAAGCAAUUGCCCUUUCGGAUAUUUUUGUCAAUUCUCCAACAAAAAUAAGCAAUUUCAAUGCUGUGGGCAUAAAGCAGGUUGCCCAAAGGAAUCUGUGGCUUUUCUGGAUCUGAGUGGAAUUCCUAUGGCAUGUUCAUUGAAAGCAAAUUUGUGCCCGACAGGAUACAUAUGUCAAUUAACGGAAAAAGGAAAUUACAUUUGCUGCACCGGUAAAGCGACUGAAAUAGAAUCAACUUCAGAACAGCCCAAGCCAGACGAAAACAUGGUUGUGCCAGCAUCUUCAACACCGAAAAUUCCAACAGUGACUGGAAAGUUAAAUGAAACAACGAAUACAGUGCUGGUACUUCUAUGCCCUCCAGAUACAGUACUUACAAACGGAGAAUGCAGGCCACGGGGUUCGAUAGGAGCAUCCUGCUUGAUGAACUCGCAGUGCUACAAUGGUACAAUAUGCAUCAAUCGCUUAUGUGCAGUUCAAUCGCCUCGUGUUGUACAUCAAGUGAAUAAACAAAAUGAAAAAGAAAAGGUCAACAAAAAUAAACUGAGGACAGCAAAAUUAGGUGAACCAUGCGAGGACGGAACCAGGUGCCCAGCCAGUGCCAAAUGCAGAUUGGGAAGAUGCAUGUGUGAUGGGAAAACAGUAAUGUACAGAGAUCGCUGCAUGGCAAAUCUUUGCGGUCAGCAACAAGAACCUGCGCUGAACUCUGAUCAUAUGGUGAUGGAAUGCAUUGGUGGAACAAAAUGUCCCAGAGAUUCUUCUUGCGCUUACUCCUUCCUUGUUACUACUUACUUAUGUUGUAAGCAUUCACAGAAAAAGCCGAGCAAUCAGUGGACAAUUCAAUUUGGGGCAACUGAGCAAAGACUGCUACCCGAGCAACCGCCACAACCAGGAAAAAGAUUACCCACGAAGUGUCCAGACGGACAACAACCAAUGCUUUUCCCUUCGACGCAACAACCUUUACUAUGUGAUUUGCUACGCGGUUGCCCAAACGGAUUUCUUUGCACUGCGCGGAUGUGCUGCCCAAGGACUGAGCAAACGCGGUCAGCCAUCUUCUUGGACCCUAAAAUCUCGAUGAACUUUACCUUCGCGUACUAA